AUGGCCCCAACGCCUAAUCCGCAAACGCUUUUCCACCUUGUGCCGCUCAACCACGUCGCCGAGGGCUCCCUCCUGGAUAACCUUCCCUUCGUGUCGACCUCUCAGCAAGGCGAGCCUGGCCUGGAGGUUGGCUAUCAUGUCCCGUCCACCCCUCGAGGCUACGUUAUUACUAGCUUAGGACGAAAUGCCGAUCUGACCCUCAGCCAAAGCAGCCCCGAGAACCCUAUGUCUAGGGUUCACGUCGUCUUUGAGAUCAACCCCGAUACACAGCUUGUGAUUCUAUCCGUCCGGUCGAGGAUACCCUUUUCGGUUACGUCCGUGGCGAUAGGGCCCCAGGAGGAGAUCCACGACAUAAACCAGGCCUACGGAGAGCAAAUCACCGGGAGCACUGUCAUCCUCUGGGGACAGAAUUAUGUGAUCUCCAUCGCAGCCUACUGUUUCAAGUUGCUCUGGUUCACCGCCGGUACUGAGCUUCUGAAAACCCGGGCCAUGCAAGACUACCGGGAAUCUUUAAGCCUAUUGGAUGAUGUGGCACCGCGUGACCAGCCGACGGAUAUCGAUACUUCAGCGGCGGAGAGGUGGCAUUUGACCAGGCUGGAUGAGACGAAUAAUGCUUUUUUUGAUGAUAUCGAGGCACUUCGUGUGAAGGUAGGCCACGGAGCGUUCGGGACAGUUUACAAGGCAGUCGACCAAGCCUCGGGCCACGUGUUUGCCAUCAAAGUGGCCGACCUCGAACGAGUCGGCGACAUCGAUGUCGCGAGAGCCACGCUCCAUAGGGAAAUCAAGGCCAUGAAAGGACUGCGCCACCCACAUAUCAUCGAAUACCUAGGCCAGCGGCGCUUCGAUACCCCCAACCCAGAGAUCUUUAUGCCGUUACGGACAGGCUCUUUAACCAGCCUCAUCAAGAGCCAACCGACCAUCAAAUAUGGCCCCACAGUGCUGAAGCAGAUGCUCAGUGCUAUCGACUACCUGGCAAACAAGAGCCUGGUCCAUCGAGAUCUGAAGCCCGACAACAUUCUCUAUUACAACUCAACCGACUUUGGGCUCGCCCGUCACCCCAAGCUGGCCACGUCGUUCUGCGGUACGGGAUACUACCAGGCCCCCGAGCUCCGGCCUGGGUACGGCGACAUCGAAGCGACACAAGGCACCAAGAUGGAUGUAUGGUCCCUAUUCGCAACCGUCGUUGCCGUCGACUCGCACUUCAAAGCAUUUCCACCCAAUUCUUCUGACUACGGCAUUAUCCUGAGCACACUGCUAGCUAAUGGCCUGACUACGCGCCGGUCGAAGAUCCCUCGCCUCCUCGACACCCCCGCCGAGGCUCCCCAGGGAACUCUGCUGGCUUUGGAGCCAAGCAACACCCUAUAG